AUGACUGAAACAACACGGAAAAUUGUGGUUGUUGGAGAUGGUAUGGUUGGAAAAACUGCUUUACUGUCAGCAUUUGUAAAUGGUGCAUUUCAAGAUUAUUAUAUUCCCACUGUAUUUGAAACAUCAGCUAAAGAAGUUGAACUACCAGAUGGUCGUCAUAUAACUUUAGGCUUAUGGGAUACUGGUGGUCAGGAGGAAUUUGAUCAAAUUCGUCAACUAGCCUAUCCUGGUGCCAGUUUAAUUCUACUGUGUUAUGCUGUAGACUGUCCAACUAGUCUCGAAAAUAUUGUACAUACAUGGCUUGAUGAAGUAAAGUGUUACUGUCCACAUAUACCACUUAUCUUAGUCGGAUGUAAAGCUGAUAAACGUGUAGUUCCUAAAGCAGGGAAUUUGAAUAACUCUGCAUCGAAUGCAACACAAAACAUGCUUAUUGAUCCAAACGAUGCAGUCAAGGUGUGUAAACAAAUCGGUGCACAGAUUGUUAUCGAAUGUUCCGCAUUGACAAGAUCUAAUGUGAAUUCCAUAUUUGAACUAGCUGCUCGUAUUAUACUGGAUACAGACAAAGAAAGUAUGCGAUCAUCGAAAUUUUGUAGUAUCCUACCUAUUCACAGGAAAAAAUCAAUUUCAUCUAAUGGUGCCGUAGCUGGCAAGUCAAUCAUUACACGUCGAAGCUCAGAAUUGAAACGACGUAUAUCUAGUUCAAAUUAUUUUUGUUUCCUAAGAAGACGAUGA